AUGUCCUUAUGUCUAUUGUCUCUUUAUUCAUACUUCAUGGUUUGAACUUAGCCGGUAAGGUUAGAUAUGAUAUAAAGAGAUGAUACCAGACAUGCGUAAAAGAAGUUGAUGGAGAAUGUUAGUUUAUUAAUUAUAACAUUAAUGACAAAAACAAAAUCUAUGGCGUCUAUCUGUCACGUGCGCUGUCUGUUUAUUCUUGCGACGUGUCAUGCCGAUGACUUGCUUUUUAAAGUAUAGAAAAGUUCGUAUGUUGAUAUAAAUUGAAGUGAAAUUAUCUAUUACAAUGAAUAAAAUAAAUAUAUCCUCGAACAUUGACUUAGACGACCCAAAAUUUCGUAUUAGACCAUAUCAACAAAUUGUGGCUUCUUGCACUGGAGCUUUUAUUACAUCGAUUUUUGUAACUCCGUUGGAUGUGGUUAAAAUACGUCUUCAAACACAGCAGAAAGCAAUGCUUUCGAAUAAAUGUUUUUUAUAUUGCAAUGGUUUAAUGGACCACUUAUGUCCUUGUACUAAUGGUAAAAUGCCUGAAUGGAUGAAGAGAAAUGGAAGGUUUAAUGGGACAAUUGAUGCUUUACUAAAAAUAAGUAAAACAGAAGGUAUAACAUCAUUAUGGAGUGGCUUGAGUCCUACUCUUGUUCUAGCUGUUCCUGCAACCGUCAUAUAUUUUGUUUCAUAUGAACAGUUAAGAUUGUAUCUUAAGGACACAUACAACAGUGAAUUUAAAAAGAAGAGAACUAAUGUGGAACAACCUUUCUGGAUUCCUAUAUUAGCUGGUGGCACAGCACGUAUCUGGGCUGCGACACUGGUGAGUCCGUUGGAGUUGAUAAGAACAAAAAUGCAAUCACAGAAAUUAAGUUAUGCAGAAAUAAUGCAAACAUUAAAAACAGUUAUGAAAUAUAGUGGUAUUUCUGGCUUAUGGAUGGGAUUGAGUUCAACUCUUCUUCGUGACGUUCCAUUUAGUGCUAUAUAUUGGUUAAAUUAUGAAUCUAUAAAGAGACUGUAUAGUUCGUACAGCUCACAACAAACUUUUACUUUUAAUUUGACAGCAGGAGCUAUAGCUGGAUCUAUAGCAGCAUUUUUCACUAUUCCUUUUGAUGUAGUAAAAACACACAGACAAAUCGAAAUAGGUGAAAAAGAAAUUUAUUCAGAUAAACCUAUUCGCGGGCGGGCGCGCAGCAGUAAUACAUGGACCAUAAUACAAAGGAUCUAUCAUCAGAAUGGAUUGAAAGGUUUAUUCACAGGAUUAACGCCACGUUUAGUGAAGGUAGCUCCAGCUUGUGCAAUUAUGAUCGCGACUUUCGAACAUGGCAAGCGUUUCUUUCAAAUGUAUAAUGCUAGGAGAGCUAUUGAAUUUGAGAUUGAACGUGAUGUACAUUUAUUGCAACACAAACCUAAUCGUACAGAAUAAUAUGCCUACUAUUGAUAAACGUACAAAAUAUAAUAAAGUUACAUAUUAAGAUU